AUGCAGUGGGACGAUCCGAAUAAUGGACUGAAUACGGAUCUUACAUUACAGAACACAAACACGAAUCAAUUGAAUGUGGACAAACAAAGGGGACGAAAGAACUUUGUCAAGAAAGUAAAAGAAAUAAGACGAAGAUCGACAUCUGGUAUAAGGAAACUAAGCUCAUCAACCGUGGGGGGAUAUCCUCUCGUCAGCUCGGAGGAGACCAAUUCAUCGAAUGGCGAAGUACAGCCAACGUAUCCAGAUUUUGAGGUUAGCCGGGAAAAAGAAAUAUCCGAUUCGGAGCUAGAUCCUUUCAAUAGAACUUUGGACAAUUACGUAACGUCAACUGUAAAGAAUCGGGAAGUUGGUUAUCAGGCUAUUAACAGAGAGAGCCAAAGGAUAACGUCCACGCACAGUGAAAUUAGUUAUAUGUAUAUGGAUCCAAACAACUCAACCUCUAAUGUUUCCUAUUUUGAUGAUCUUGAUGAAGAGAAAGAGCAGAAGAAGCAGACGGAAGAAAAGGAAGUAAUACAACUUCGACAAAAAACGGCAUUUUUGUCUGGCCCUAUUCCUCUCCCUUCUCCUCCUGAUCCAUCAUACUUUCUGGAAAAGCUUAAUAGUGGAACAAUGCGUGUCAAACAUUAUAAAUUCUUGGAUGAAUUGAUCAAUUCUGCGAAAACAAACAAAAAAUGGAACAAUUCUUCUAUUCUGCAAGAACUUAUUAGAAAAUUGGCUGUUGAACUAAAAAAGAUCAACUAUAUUUCAAUUAAGUCAAAUGACCAAAUAAAAACUGAAUUUUGUAUACUAUCAAUAAUCAAAUGCCUACUGCUACGAGAAACUUCCACAUCGAAAAGUUAUUUGCCAUUUAAUUAUUUAACAGAAUUGGUAGCGCAUAGCUUGAUGUCUCCUCAAAUAAGAUCAAUGACUUUAGCAACAGGUAUAUUAAGUCUGUUGUUAGUUAAUAAUAAAAUUGUAGCCUCAAAGAUAUUUUUAUCUGAGCUCACCAUUAUGUCAGAAACUCACAGCUUGAACAUGGACUCUACAGAUGAUGAAAAUGAGAAGUCGUCAAAUCAUUCGUCAAACCCAUUUUAUCAAUGGAUAAGAAAUGCCAUUGAAUUAGUUGCUACUAGCAACUUGAAUUCUGAAGAUGCUGUAAUGGAAGAAUUCAUCAUGCUGACGUUAUUUCUGAUAUGCGAGAUGAUUACCAGCUUUAAAAGAGUCAAACACCGCACAUUACUUAGAUCCAAAUUGGAAGAGUCUGGAUUGCUUGAACUUUUAAAUCUCUCGAAGCAGCUAAAAUCGAAUCCUGUGAAUGACGUUAUAAACGAAUACUAUCAAUUACGAGACUCAGACAAGAAAAUCAUGACACAAGAACAAAGGAGCUUAGAUCCGAUGAAGAAACUGACACCAUCUAACUUGCUAGAUGCUGGGCAAACUAAUGAGCUGUUAGAUAGUCUGGAAAAUAUGAAGAGUAUCGAUGAGACAAGGUUUUAUAGUGCCUUAGAACUGGUGAUCAACAUUUUAAAAAAGAACUAUAAUGACUACACUGAACUAACUGAAUCGAUAUUUGAAUUACUACUGUCUAGAUUUGAUAGUGACAGAAAAGCCAUCAGUUUUCUUGUCAAAGCAUAUGUUCCUAUCAGACAUGAAACUACGCAGCCAAAUUUGGCUGGGAAUAGAGAGCCAAGUUACGGGUAUUAUUCCAAUUAUCGAAAGUCUCUAGAUCCAAUGAAACAAAAGGCUGAACCAUUUAAUUUCGGCAAAACAGAACCAAGUUAUACAAAUGAUUCAUUUACAGAAGAUCCUAUUGGGUCCAGUUCUGAUAGAAAAUCGCCAGUUGACUCAAUAUCACUAAACCAGUGUGGUCAUUCAUUUGAAACUAGCAAAAACUCUUCAGAAAUCCAGUAUGGCUCCGGAUAUGGUUAUAUUGGAUCAAACAUAGAAAAUACAACAAGGGAAAACGCUGUUCAAGUCAAAACAGACACAUUCUUUGAGCCAUAUGAUUAUUAUGACAUUAAUGCAUACUGUUUUAGCAACACAACAUGUAGUGGCACGAGCACGGAUGAAGAAAUACCAAGCAUUAUGCCUAGAGGCAAUUUUAUGGGCGGAGUUGGCCCUCCUGACAGUGCUAACGGUCCCGGUAGUGGUUAUGGUAAUGGACCUGGUAACGACCCGGGUAGUGGUCCUGGUAAUGGUUUUGGUAGCGGUUAUGGUAAUGGACCUGGUAAUGGACCUGGUAAUGAACCUGGUAGUGGUCCUGGUAAUGGUUUUGGUAGUGGUUAUGGUAAUGGACCUGGUAAUGAACCUGGUAGUGGUCCUGGUAAUGGUUUUGGUAGUGGUUAUGGUAAUGGACCUGAUAACGACCCUGGUAACGGUCCAAGUAACGGCUCUGGAAGUCAUUUUCCUGUGUCAUUCUGUGGCCUACCUAUUCCUUCCCCGCCUCCGCCUCCUCCGCCUCCUCCUCCAUUACCUUUGCACCUGAGAUCGGUAGCUAAAGGCACGGUGUCAUUACCCCCACCUCCGCCCCCUCUACCUCCUUUUCUCAAAGGAUGUAACAAAACAUCAUCCCUUCUUACAUCAGCACUGCCGCCUCCUCCUCCUCCUCCUUUACCGGAUAACCUGAAAAUCAAGAAAACUAUCACUAGCCUUCCUAGUCCAACUGAAGUUGAAGAAGAAUCAACUGUCGAUGAAGAGAAGGAAAAAGUAGACCCAAAUGCAGAACUACUUGACCAACUAAAAUCACUGAAAAGAGCACAGACAAAAUUGAAACAAGUUCAUUGGGACAGAAUUGAUAAUAUAUCAAAUACAUUAUGGAAAGAUCUAGAUGACCAUUCUAUUAACAAGGUACUUGAUGAGAGAGGAAUUUUAUCGCAGUUGGAGGAGUCAUUCAAAAUAAAAGAAUACAAAAUGAAGCCAAAAAAUCAAAAACCCAAAAAAACUGUAUCAGAAAAGACAACUUUUUUGCCAAGAGAUUUGAAACAAACAUUUGCAAUCAAUCUACACCAGUUUCAUUCCCUAUCGGAUGUGGAAUUUACCAAGAAAGUCCUCCACUGUGAUGACGAAAUCACAAAAGCUACUAAUGUGAUAGAAUUUUUUAACAAUGAAACCGCCACUGAGGUGACGUCAACUCUACUGAGAGAUCUUGCUCCAUAUUCUACUAAUAUAAAAAUAGAAGGUGCGAAACCAAAACGAGACCCCAACGACUUAGAAAGAUAUGAUAGAAUCUACCUUGAACUUUGCUACAAUUUGUCCAGUUAUUGGAAGGCAAGAUCGAGGAUUCUAUUUGUUUCGAUUUCUUAUGAAUCAGAUUAUUCAGAAAUAAACAGAAAAUUGGAUCUUUUGGAAUCCGGUUUAAACAAUAUAAAAUCGUCUAAAUCAUUGAUCGAAAUUCUUGCAUUGAUAAAAAAUAUGGGGAAUUUCAUGAACGAUGAUUCGAAGAUUGCUUUGGGUUUUCGGCUUUCUACUUUACAGCGCUUAAGAUUCCUGAAGGACACUACAAAUAAAAUUAGCUUGCUGCAUUAUAUUGAGGCGACAGUGAGAAUACAUUUUCCGCAAUAUAAAGAUUUUACAGAUGAACUAACCGAUCUGAAAAAGAUUUCAACGUUGAAUAUAGAUGAGUUAGAAAAAAGUGUUGACGAUUUCACGAACCUGGUUAGAAGUUGUUACGAGCAAUUAGAAAGGGGUGUUUUGAGUGAUAAAUCAAAACUACAUCCAGACGAUAAGAUUAUUGAAUACUCUAAAGGUAUUAUUGGCAAGGCCAAAGUAAAAGCAGAUACAUUGAAAAAGCGCUUAGCCACGACUCUCGAAUUCCUUGAAAGUACAAUGAUCUAUUAUGCAGAAGAAUACUCCGAUAGAAGUAGCAGAAAUGGAUUUUUCAUGAAGUUUGUUACAUUUGUAAAUGAAUACAAAAAAGCGUAUCUGGAAAAUAUCAGACGUGAAGAGGUAGAAAAAAAUGAACACGCACGCAAGAACGCCCAGCAUAACUCCAUGAAUAAGGAAGAGGAGGUCAAGGCCCAACAAAAUACAUUAAUGAAACAGUUGAUGGUAAGACUGAAAGAAAAAAAAACAUUUGAUUCAAAGAAAGCCUCACAAGAUCCUGCUGGAAAUAGACCCGCUGUGCUGAAAAAUUGUGACGAAGAUAGUUCGUCAAGAGAAUCAAUUGGUAAUUUUAAUUUGAACGAUAUUGAAAAAGAAGAUUUAGCUCUAAAAGAUAUUGAGACUGCUGUUGAAGCCAGCGGUGAAACUGAAACGGGUGAAACCGAAACUCAAGGCCAAGCUGAACCUGAUGAUGAAACAGAAAGUAGCCAUAAAAAUGCCAGUAAUGGUGGAACUGAAAACGGCGAUGCAACUGGUUGUUCUAUUGAAGAACUAAUUACAAAACAUACAGGCUCGACAUUUUUCAAAUCGUGGAAGGAUCCCAAGGACAAAGAAUGUAUAUUAUCGAACCCUAAAACUUCAUCUUGUAAAGGUUAUAACUCAACUACCUUGGAAAGUCUGAAACAGUUCCACGAUGAGGGUAUAAAUGCAUCCAAAGAUGAAAAGGUCGACCUCAAAACAUCUCCAAAUGUAGAAAAACCGACGUUAAAUGAUACCAAAGACCAUUUUGAGAAGAGUGAUGGAUUUGUUUGCAAUUUGGAAAAUGUAGAGGAAACAGGGGUUGCUCCGCUGCUUCAACUUGCAACUCAUGCCAAAUCAGGGAUAGACGAUUCUUCAAGUGAAACUCGGAACUGCCUGCCUUUUGCAGACGAUCUUAAAAACUUGGAUAGGCGAAUAGGCAUAGAAACCAAGAAUAAUGGCAACCUAAUAGAUUUAUAG